AUGAUUAUGCCCCAAGGAACAAGAGGAAGGAAUUGGCCUACCAGAGAAGCUCGCGCGUCGCCUGAUAGAAUCAUGACAACUGAAUCUGAUCAAUUGUCCUCUGGUCCCUACGCCGCUCUACGCCCCGAGGAAGAGCAGGAAACUACAACUCCAGCUGAAGGUUCGUGCACCCGGUUGAAGUUUUCGGAAGAGGAUGAUCGCCCAAAGAGAGCAAAGGGGACGACAACUCUUGCUUUUGUCUGCAAGAAAGGUGUUAUGGUAGCUACUGAUCAUUUAGAUGCCGGCAAGGAUGGUUCGGAAUACUUUGUGGAGAACGUUAUUGAUCUUGAUUCUCAUGUGCUUGUCACUGUUUCUGGAGUUGGGGAUUCUAGAUCUUUUCUCAGAAAUAUGAGAGAGCAGAUACCUAGAUUGUUUAUCGUGGAUGCUAAUGGUCAAAGGUCCACAAGAAAAAAGGGUGCCACUGGAUGUGGUGCACUAAUCGUUUCUGAUCUUUAUGAUAUCGGUCUCGACAGAAAGGGCUGUGAUGAAGCUGUGGUGUAUGCUAGAUGGGUAAUUAAUGGUGCUGUAUCUGUACUUGCAUUCUUGAAGAGAACGGGAGACUCUAGCAUUGAAACUUGUGGUUACAUAAGUGAAGUGCUAAUUGCAGCGUUGGACGACAAAAGAAAAGUUAGUUGCUUCCAUAUAGGUGAUUUUAGUUUCUUCUCUUGUGGCUUUGAGAAGCAUAGGAACUUGUUUUCUGAUGAAGCUGCUGUUAUUGUUGGUGAGGACCAUGGUGGAGUACCAGUUAUGGAGGACAAACCACCUGAUGCCAUGGUUUCUGAGAAUGCUGUAAAAGAGUUGACAAAGCCUUCUGGCAUUGCUCUGAAGGCUGCAACUUGCCUUGCUUCUCUGGUUUCUAACUCACUCAAUGGGUUCUACUAUGGAGAAGUGGCUACUUCAGAUGCCAAGAAGGAUUCAAACCUGCUGGGCCUUUGGCGAACCUCUAUCAUCAUGUUGAUGGAAUGCCUCAACAUUUCAUUAGCAAAAUUGUAUGAGGAUCUCAUUCCUGUUACAAUAUUGGAAGACGUUAAGGAACGAGCAAUAGUUGUUGCUGACGAGUGGGAACAUGAUGUUGUAUAUGAUGUCAAUGAAAAGGAGCUCGCUGCCCUUUUAAGGCUGCGAUUAAGUGCAUUGAGGAGCAUAACUGCAGCUCAAGAAGGGAAUUUCGGACGAAAAUUCCUCUCGCGAAACAUGAGAAUCGUAGAGAACUCGUCGCCGGAGCUCCGGUCAGGCCAUACUCAAGAAUCCGAACAUUAUUCUCACGCAAUUUCUCGACUUGAAUUUUCAAUUACAAAGCUCGAACUCUUAACCGCUGCAAGCUUAUUGCCGGAAACUCUAUCGUCCGACGUCCGAUUAAACCUAUCUGAGCUGACUCAACUCGCUCCGUUUCCCAACUCGGUAAGCGUUCAAAUUUGGGAACUGAGCUAUCGUCUGUGGAAUGCCUGUGUCGAUCUCCACAACGCCUCCCUCUCCGGCGGUGGUGAGACGUCGGAGGAACUCGCGAAGCUCCGGCAGGUUUCAACCGAUCUCCUCUACAUUGCGGUUAACGUCGUUGGAAUCCCGACGCCUUCCUUAAAGUGCGCUUCCUUCUUCUACAAGACUGGUCUCAUUUGGCAUGAUAUCAGAAAGUUCGAUCUGGCGAACAAUUGCUUUGAAAAGGCGGCUGAUCUCAUGUCGAAAGUUGAAAUCGAUUCAGAAAAAGCAGAUAAUGAUGAGCAGAAGCUAUUCCUGAAUCUCAAUUUAGCUCGCUCUCGAACUGCUUGGGAAAUUCCUGACAGGAGUUUGGCAAUCACGUUACUCAAUCGGUCCAAAAAGGCACUAUGUGGAAAUUCAGAACAUUACAAGGUAUUGGCAUCUCAGUAUUUGAUGUUUGGAAAAGAUAUUUUGUCAAAAAAUGAAGUUUCUGGACUGAAUGAAGCAUUGAAAUUGAUGAAUGAAGCACUUGAGUUGUCUGAGAAAGGAUUAAGGAUUGUCAAGAAAGCAGAGGAGACCUUAGCAUUGAAGGAACUGAGAACCAAAACUCUGAGAUUCAUGGCGGCGGUGCAUUUGCAGAGGGAUGAAUUUGAGAAUGUGCUCAAGUGUGUGAGAAUUUUGAGGGAUGGUGGUGGGGAUCAGCACCCUAGUUUAAGUGUUUUAGCAAUGAAGGCAUGGUUGGGGUUGGCAAGGUAUGGACAAGCAGAGAAAGAGUUAAAAGGUAUGGUUGUGAAUAAGGGAAUUCCAGAGGUGGUUUGGGUAUCUGCAGUCGAGUCGUAUUUUCAGGCGGCUGGGGUGGCUGGAGCUGAGACUGUUAAGGGACUGUUUUUGGGGCUUUUAGAAAGAUGCCAUGUCAGUGCUAUCUCAGCUUUAAGGGUUGUAAAUAGGCUGGUUGGGGAUGGUGGAGGAGGUGGUGGGGAGGGCUCAAGGGCAAGGGCUAAAGUGGUGGCUGAACUGGUGUCUGACGAUAGGGUGGUUGCGCUUUUUGCUGGAGAAGAGGUGUCUAAAGAGAGAACAACAAUGCAUUCUCUUCUCUGGAACUGUGCUGCUGAACAUUUCCAAUCCAAGGAUUUUCAGACUAGUAGUUUGUUGUUUGAAAAAUGCAUGCUCUACGUCCCUUACAACAUAGAGAGUCGAGUACUGAGAGCGAAAGGAUUCAAAGUAUUGUGUCUCUGUCACCUAGGCCUCUCUCAACUAGAUCAAGCUCAAGAAUACAUCAAUGAAGCCGAAAAGCUUGAACCGAGUAUUGCUAGCGUUUUCCUAAAGUUUAAAAUCUACCUGCCAAAAAAUGACCAUAUAAGAGCAAUAAGUCAGGUGGAGGCCAUGUCAAGCUGCCUUGACUUCACUCCUGAUUUCCUCUCUCUUGCGGCACAUGAAGCCAUUGCUAGCCAGUCUCUUCCCGUCGCAGUUGCUUCUUUAUCUAAUCUGUUAAACUUCUAUUCCUCUGGGAAAACCCUUCCAACCAAUGAAGUUGUAGUUUUCAGAACUCUAGUGACAUUACUUACUCAAGCUCCUGGCGAUGCUUCAGAAAUCCUAAAGUACAUGAACCGCGUUCUUGAGAGGGUAUCUGCGAUUGGAUCUGACUGCUGUUUCGGGAAAGGUGAGGUUGGGAGACAAGAAAUGAAUUGGUUUGCUAUGAAUUCAUGGAAUCAUGGGUUGCACAUGGCAAAGGCAAAACGUUUUGGGCUAUCUGCUCAAUUUUUUAGAUCAGCAUCAGACUUUUAUGCCAUCAGCAUUGAUGGCGAGGAAGGAGAACAUAGUGUAAUGGUUUGUAAAUGCUUGAUUUUGAGUGUGUCCGCAACUCUUGCUGAUGAGGAGGAAACAAACAUACCGCUGCAGGAAAGUGAAGUUAAACAAGCCAUUGAACUGUCAGAAAGAGCUGGAAAGAUAUUACUAUCAACGUCAGCUAUUUCAUGGAAAGAUGACAGUGGUGAUGCCAUUAUAGACAACUUCGUUUUUAUGCAUUGUUGGAGUUUAUCCGCUCUCUAUGCAAGGCUAGUUGACAGGGGACAGAAGCAGCUCGCCCUGAUAAAAAGCUUAGCUAGUUCUAAAUCUUGCAAUCCACUGCAUCUCCUUCAAAUUGGUCUUGAUGCUUCACAUGGACCACAAUCCAACCCUGAAGUGGCUACUUUUGCUCUGAAUACUUGCCUCUCUGCUCUUCUCGGAUCCCCCAGUCCUGAUUACCAUACUGUGGCCCAAAUUCUCAGGCAUUUAAUCAUGGUAAGUACUGUUUCUAAGGGUGAUGCAGAUGAUGAAGCAGUUCUUGGCAUUUACAAACAAGCAUUCCGGAUAAUGGUGGAUUUGAGAGAAGGGGAAUAUCCUUCAAAGGAAGCAAAAUGGCUGUCCAUGACUGCUUGGAAUCGAGCAGCAAUUCCUCUGAGGUUGGGGAACAUUGAAGUGGCAAAGAAGUGGAUGAAUAUGGGAUUGGAGUUGGCCAAGAAGGUUACAAGAUGGAUCGGGAUUCAACAAGUUUCAAGUGAACGACUAUCCUUGGAUUCACUUUUCGGGGUGGUCUUGUUAUUGCUUCAGACACGAUGUCUAGAGAUGUUGAUGGAACUGUGCGUGAUUUCAAAAUAUCCCAUAGCUGGUGGAAGACCUAUGACGGUCGAGGAUGCAGCAGCGUGGCUGCAAAACAAAAUGAUGGAUCCGAAGACCAUAUCAGAGGAAGAGCCACACCGCAUACUACUCGGGGGCCUUCUUGAAGGAGAGCCAAUUCUCUACUGCUUUCAGCCGGGUGAGGACAUGCUGAAGGGAGAAAGUUUUGCUAUUGGUAGUGGUUGUGAUCUCGGGUCUGGUUUCUUGAGGGGCGAGGAUGACAUCAAGGAUAUUCACAACAUUACCUCACCAGCCGAAGCAGCAAUAAUUGCAAAGCGAGGGAUCAUUUAUGCCACAUUGAGAGAUGGGGGGAAAACGGGGGGAAGAGUAUUCGUUCAUUUUCUUAAUAAACAUGAUGGCACGUGUGAAGAACUUGUGAAAGGAGAGAUCAUUGAAGAAUGUGCAGAGUACAGAGCAAUGGAAUGGGAUUACCAGACCGAGCAAAUGACAGAAGAUUUUGAUUGGGACUAA